GAUUAGGAUACCAUUUCUGCCACGAAUUAUGUAGAGUAUAUAUUCAGGAAGAAUAUAUAGCGUUGUCCCUAGUACCUACCACGUGACAAUUGAUCAUUGUUCUUUCAGCUUAUUGCAUAACUCCAUAUUUCAAUACCAUAUGAUCCCCCAAAUCUCGAGUGGUAAGAACUUUUUCACAUUCCAAAAUUUUAGAACACGCAAUGAGUGACAGUGAAAGUGGAAUCUGGCCGGUUGAAUAGGUCGAGUAUAUGAUUGGUAUGGCUUUCAGAAUUCAACACCUUAGUCUAUUGGAUUGGAUGUAACCUUCCAUAUAUGUAUUGAUAUACCAAUAAUACACUGAUGGUACCACGAUAAAAAAUGCACAUGGACACAGAAGAAAAAAUGUGUUGCUUCUGGCAUUCAAGGAGACCUUACUGGACCCAGCUCUCCUUAUACUGCCAUAUGUUUCUCAGGGAAGAGGGCUUAGUACCAGAAUACGUUACUUGGUGACUACCUUUUCUCUGUAUUGAAGAAAGAGCUACCUUUUUUUUCUUUUUAGAAACACCGAACAAUGUAGACGCACACACUUACACCAUAAAACACAGAACACCUACUGAAGGCCGGGUAGAUAUGUUAAUAUAAAUGAUAUAUUUAUGGUUGGUUCUAUUUGAAGGUAUGUUAAUAUGAAUGAUAUAUCUAUGGUUCGGUCUAUUUAGAUUCUCUAAUCACUGUUGAUGUCUUCUAGAACAUAUGAUCAGUGAGACGUGAAUCAAAUCAUCCAGCUGACAAUAUCUUUCGUGUCCAGUAAAAGUGAAUGCUUAUUUGCCCGGUCCACUCGCCUCCACUUUGAUUUACAAGGUGUAGUUAGUUAUUGAUUCCCCUUUUCAUGGAGUUCCCGGUUAUCCACAGGAUUGUCACGUAUGAUACAAAAGAUGUUCUCUAAUCACCAUACAUGUAAAGUACAGAAAAGACAGAACAUUCAGUUUGUUACAUACAUUAUUUCACAUUGCCUUCAGACAGAUAUCCUAAGAUACGGGAAACAACAAGGGCUUAAGGAAUUCUGACAUUUUAGAGAAGCUACCGUAAGAACAGAGAUUUUUAUUCUGAAAAACCUUCAGAUAAUCCGAUGGGAGACAUGCAAGACUAUUGCAUCACUAGCUCAGGUGGCGAGCAAUGCCAUGUGGGCAAAGGGAUUCUACAAUAUCAAGCUAAAGCUCCUGACCACUAAAAAAUGAAAAAAUGCCUAGGGCGAUCCAUGUCCAUACGAUUUUGCAACCACAAAAUAUCAAAUUCUAGAACUCAAAAUGCUGAAAAGGAUAUUUCUAUCAGCAUGUCUAGAAAUGGCCAGACAGAAGGAUUCUUACCGAUAUACAUGUCUGCGAAAAUAGAUGUGCAUGAAGUCAGAAAACAGUCCCACCAGCAUCUGAAAAAACAUCUGGGAAUAAGCCUUAUCAGAUAUGCUCAACAAGAUGCUUGUCACUCACAAAUCCAAAAGCACAGAGAUAACAUAUUGGCUUAUCCUGCCGAACAUCAAUUGAAUUUGAGGGAUCAAGUGGGCCUGCUCGAUAGCAAUCAGGUUUGCCACUUGAAUCAAUUUGUUAGUACCAUCUGAUGACUUGAUCAGAAGUUUAAUCCUGCUGAGAUCCACAUCAGAAGAGCCAUGAAGCAAUUAGUCCUGCAGUACCUGAAGCUGUUCCUGUUGCUAGGGCUUAGCGGAGUCACAACCGAGCACGUGCCUAAAUAUGAUGUGCUUGCAUCCCUGGGGACGCUCCCCCUUGACGGCCAUUUCAGCUUCCACGACUUGCCUGCAGCUGCAAGGGACUUCGGCAACCUCUCCAGCUUCCCGCCAGUCGCUGUGCUUCACCCAGGUUCAGUGGCUGACAUUGCCAGAACCGUGAGGCAUGUAUUCUUGAUGGGUGAGCACUCCACGCUCACAGUGGCAGCUCGUGGGCAUGGGCACUCGCUAUAUGGGCAGUCCCAGGCUGCUGGAGGGAUUGUCAUCAGAAUGGAAUCCCUUCAGAGUGUCAAAAUGCAGGUGCAUCCUGGUGCAUCACCGUAUGUGGAUGCCUCAGGUGGAGAACUCUGGAUAAAUGUCUUGAAAAAGACGUUGAAGUAUGGUUUGGCGCCGAAGUCAUGGACAGACUACCUCCACCUUACGGUUGGGGGCACGUUGUCAAAUGCGGGUGUCAGCGGGCAGACAUUCCGGCAUGGUCCACAGAUCAGCAAUGUGAACGAACUGGAGAUUGUAACUGGAAGAGGUGAUAUUAUCACUUGCUCACCAGAACAGAACAAUGAUCUCUUCCAUGCUGCUCUUGGUGGUCUAGGUCAAUUUGGCAUAAUUACUCGGGCCAGGAUCGCUCUUGAGCCUGCUCCACAAAUGGUAAGGUGGAUAAGAGUUCUCUACUUAGAUUUCGUGAGCUUCACCGAGGAUCAGGAGAUGCUUAUUUCAGCAGAGAAGACCUUCGACUACAUUGAAGGUUUCGUAAGCAUAAACAGAACAGGCAUCCUAAACAACUGGAGGUCAUCAUUCAAUCCACAGGACCCAGAACGGGCUAGCCAGUUCGAAACAGACAGAAAAGUGCUCUUCUGCCUUGAGAUGACAAAGAACUUCAACCCUGAAGAAGCUGACAUCAUGGAACAGGAGGUCCAUGCACUACUAUCUCAACUCAGAUACACACCAGCGUCCUUAUUCCACACGGACGUCACUUACAUGGAGUUCUUGGAUAGGGUGCACUCCUCUGAGAUAAAGCUGAGAGCUAAGGGCUUGUGGGAAGUCCCACACCCAUGGCUUAAUCUCAUCGUCCCAAGAAGCACUGUCCAUACAUUUGCAAAGCAGGUCUUUGGGAAAAUCCUCGAAGAUAACAACAAUGGUCCCAUAUUGCUCUACCCAGUGAACAAGUCCAGAUGGGACAACCGAACAUCAGUGGUCAUACCAAAUGAGGAAGUUUUCUACCUGGUGGGAUUCCUACACUCGGCGAUAGGCCCCCACAGCAUCAAACGUACACUGAACCUGAACAACCAGAUAAUAGAGUUCUCUAACAAAGCAAGUAUUGGGGUGAGGCAAUAUCUUCCAAACUACACCACAGAACCCGAGUGGAAAGCCCACUAUGGGGCUAGGUGGGACGCAUUUCAACAGAGGAAAAACACCUAUGACCCACUGGCAAUCCUAGCUCCAGGACAGAGAAUAUUUCAAAAGACACCAGCGUCACUACCCUUGUCCUCAUGAGAGUUUCUACUGUAAAAAAUGUGUAGCAAUAUGUCUAUGUUUUUUUUUUGGAAUAGUUUGAAUUGCUUACCACAUAUGUCACGUGGUUAGCAAUAUGUCUAUGUUAGUAUGGAACUAUAGUCACUUUGCAAAAGAUAACGAACUGUAGCGUGAAGAACACAGUGUACAGAGUGGUGACUAUUAAGUAGUGGUGAUGCUCAAAAUACUUUUAGCAGUGAGAUCAAUUAAGAUCAGCAAUGACA